AUGAAGGACUGUUGCGUCCACCUCCCACCUGGUGGCCCACAGAUGGCUUUCUCCAUCUGCCCCGUGGGGGACGAACAGGCUGGGAGACCACACCUCGUGGUGGCCGCCCCUGAACUGGGCAACUUAAAUGCCGUGGGGAAUCACCGGAUCCGGGCGGCUGGGACCAAGACGUGGUACGGAGCAGCCAAAGGCCACGUGGGCGUGACCACCGCGUGUGGGCGUGGCCGUCGCGUGUGGGAGUGGCUGUCGCGUGUGGGCGUGGUCACCACGAGGGACAGCCCCGCAAACGGCGAUCAGAAGAGGCCCUGGUAG